CCGCGCUCCCCGGCCUGACACCGGAAGCGACGAUCUCCAACCCGGACGGAGCGGAGGAAAGGGUGGAGCUUCGGGGGAGAAGAACCCUCUCGAAUAGUUAUACAAAACCAUCUUUGCCAAGAUUCUGGCUUAUAAUUGAAACUUUGUGAGAGAAGAACACUCAGCAUUGGAUUGCUCUCCAGACAUAACACGAAUUAAUUCUACUUUGAAAACAUGAAAAGUGUUGCUGAAGACCACCUAUAUCUAGACUACUUCAGUCAGAAUGAAGACUGUAUCUACCCUCUGCACACAUCUAUAUCCUUGUUUCUGUUGGCAUAUUGUGAUUGUAAGACCUUCAGGAUAUUUCUAGUAUCUUCAAGUGAAAUAAUUAAUGAUGCACAACAUACUGAACAAAUACUGUCAAAGUACCCGGAGAUUAGCUUCGUCAAAAGAUGUGAACUUCCUGUGGUGGCUCAAAGCUGCUGUUUACCUGUUGUUGUUGAAAAGAAUGGAAAAUUUUGUCGAGCAGGACUUGCUGUGGUACUGAGGUAUAUAGUAGAGAAAACCUAUGAGGCAGAUCCAUCAAAGAAUGGAGUUUUGGAACUUUUGGGCUUUAAAAAGACCUGUUUGAAAGCUUGUGCUGAAGUUAGUGAAUGGACCAGACUUUGUGAAAUCAGCAUUCCUCUGGCAGUUGAAAACUUUCUGAAAGUAUCUCAUAAUAAUCAGCAUCAGGAUCUUCCUGAAGAGAUACUGCAGUUUGAAAAGAAAUUGGGGGAACCUGUAAGAGUACACAACGAUGACAAAAUUAGAAGACAGAAAGUUCAACAGCAAAAGAUAUUUGACAAGACAGCAAGGACUGAUCUUUCCCCAAAAGAAGACAGGAUUGUGGAAAACCAGGAAUCUGCUCCUGCAGAUUUGGAACUGAAAAUAGCUUUUUCUAAACUAACUUUGCAGAAGAUGCCAGUUGCUACCAACAGGGAGCCAUCUCACAUUAGGAAAAUAAAAACAUCUGAACUUCCACCUUUGGAGCAUGUGUUUGCUGAAGGGCUUUAUUUCACUUUGACAGACAUAGUUCUCUUGCCAUGUAUCCAUCAUUUUUUGGCUGUCUGCAAGAAACACCAAAACAACGUAUUACAACUGCCUUUAAUAUUGGGCUGGUACCAAAGGGUUCAAGAAGUACCUGGGAUAAAGGAAGCCACUGUCAAAUGCAAUAUAAAGAAUUUCCUGAAUAGUGGAUCAUACUCUUUACAAAAUGAAUGCCGUCGGAGUGCCUGCACAGUUACCUGCACAGUUUUUAAAGAGCCAGAAAAGGUUCCAGAGGACACUCAGUUUAUAGGUGGACCAAGACGAACAAUGACAAAAUUAAUGGAAAAAGGGAUCGAAGCAAUGUUUUUUCCUCAUCCUUGCCCUAAAUGGACUCUAGACUGGGGCAGUUUACCUGCUGCAGUCAACCCAGGAAAAGGAAAGAUGUCUGCUGAUCGUGCUUUGAGGAAACAGCAGCAGUUGAACAAUCUAAUAGCUUUAGUGACGAAACUGGCUAAGCCUGGAGAUGUAAUUGUGGAUUUUUGCAGUGGUGGGGGUCAUGUUGGAAUUGUUCUUGCUUAUAUACUACCAAUGUGCCAGAUAGUACUAGUGGAAAAUAAAGAACAGUCACUUAUAUGUGCUGAAAAGAGAAGUGAUGAACUAGGAUUACAUAAUAUUUGGUUCAUCCAAGCAAAUAUGGACAAUUUUAAAGGAAAUUUUAAUAUUGGGGUGGCAUUGCAUGCUUGCGGAGUGGCAACAGACAUGGUUAUUGAACAUUGUAUCAAAGUUGGUGCAGCAUUUGUUAUUUCUCCUUGCUGUUAUGGCUUCAUACAGAAUACAUCCAAGUUUGCAUUUCCACGAAGCCAUCAGUUCAAGAAAGUGCUGUCAUACAAGGAGCACAUGAUUCUUUGCAGAUUUGCUGAUCAGACAGCUGUCCAGCUGCCCCCUGAACGCAGGCAAAUAGGUAAACAAUGCAUGGGAUUGGUGGACCUUGACCGGGCUUGGAGUGUGGAAAGAAGCAACUACUCAGUCCAAGUGAUAACCAUGGAACCACAGUCAUGUUCCCCAAAGAAUAAUUUGAUAACUGGUGUCCCAGUUUAGUUCAAAGGUUUUUCUAUCAAGUUGAAUUAAUACUUAGCUCUCUUGAUCAAAGGACAGUAACAUUUUGGAGACUGGAAAGGAGACACUGUACAUCUUGAAUCAGUUGUCUCCAGAAAAAGGAAGGAAAGGCAGUGGGGGCUAUCUUGCAAAGCUUCCUAAUUCCUGCUUGAAAUGUGUGAUUAAAUGACAGCUGGCUCUCCCAAAAUUUUCAUCUGUCUCCCAUUAUGACAGCAACCAAUAAAUUCUGGAAAAAUGAUUUCCUUUUCUGUGAAAAUUGGUCUUGCAUGUUGGGAAAUAUAUUUUGCAAGUGUUUUGGGCUUAUCAAUAUUCAACUAGAGAACAAAUCACAGUAUCUUAUUUUCAAAAUCUUACAAUUAUAUCUUCUCUGCUCGGUAAUAACUAUAUUACUGUAGGUGCGAAGUAUCAUUUUGGUCAAAUGUUUUAAUCUUUUUUUUCUUAGAAAAGUAUAUUCUAAAUAAAAAAAAUCUCACAACUUCUGAUCACUGUGUGGUCAACUUCGAUGUAGUUUUUGCAAUUUCCCAGUCUAGCCUAGAGUCUUCAAUAUUUCUGGUAGUCUCCCAUUAAAGUACUAACCAGGUCCAAUUUUCCUUAGCUUUUUUCAAGAUAGCCAAGGUCAUCUAGGGAAUGCUUCAGGUCAAAUUAUGUACUGUAUUUACAGUAUGUAAUUUACAGGUAGAUUCAUGCAUUAACUUUGAUGACUGUCCUUUGUAGGACAAAGCGAAUUUGCAAUACAUUCUUUAAAUGUGUAUAUGUGCAUUUACCUUUUUUUGCUGCAACUCUUCUCUUUCUUCCUUCAGUUUUUUUUCCCUGUGAGGAUUAAGCUCCAUACUUUCCAUUGGGAACAUGAAUGUGGGGGAGGAAGAGGACACAGAAAAGAAAACUACUGUGGGAAGGACAGUUGCAGCAGAAAAAAACCCACAUGCCUCUACUUCAUUUUUUUUUCUCCCUUUUCUCUAGGGGAACUCAUUGUUUGUAUUUUGAGAUAUGCGGUCAUGUGUGAGUUAUAGUUUGGUCCCCCUCAAAAAACACUGAAAUAGCGCUGCUUUUCCUUUUCCUUUUUUCAGGCUUUAAUUUGUUUCAGCUCAUUUUUUAAAACUCAUUUUAACUUAUGUUGUCAUUAGUCAUUCAGAUAGAUUCCUCAGAAGGUAAAGUAGUAUAACCAAAUACAAAACACUCUUCAAACUAUUACAGUGUUUUGGUUUGGUUUUGUUUACCGAAGCAAUGAACUGUAAACCUCCUCCAAAAUUAAUUCAUUUGAGUAGACUCAGUUGCUCCUACAGCAAUGUCAGGGCUGGAUAAAAUAUUCAAAAUUCUUAUCCUCUACAGAGCUCAGAAAUCUCUAAUAUUUCAGGCUAGAUUUUGUUUCUUCUCUCAUAUUUCUUGCCUGAAAAAUUAAAGAUUUCUUACACUUAAUCAAAGAGAGAGCAAUAUGUUUAAUAAUUCUGUUAAGAAACAUUUUGUUUUGAGUGGUUUUUGUACCUGUUUAGUAUUUUGAUGGUAUAACCUAUCAGCAUAUUUUUUUUCUUGUUAUCUUUCUGUUGUGUUAACUUUUUUAUAUCAGUAUAAUGUAUUUUUGAGACUAUUUUUAUUGUAUUCUUUCAAUAGGAAAUGUAUACAGAACAUUUAAGAUGGUCCAUUUCACAUUUAAUGAUAGUUUUUGCUUUUAUUACUUUGUACUGCAUAUUUAAGACAGUCCCAAGGCAAUUUGUUCACACUUCAUUCCUGUGAGGGCAAAAGGAAGGAAAACCCACAUGUAUGCAGCCUUGAACUUCCAGAAGAAAGUCAGAACAAAUCUACAAGGAAAUAUCUCUGGUAUUACCAUUCUGUUUCAUUACCAAAGCAUUAAGUGACAAAGGUGUGAAUACAGUAUUAUAAAACUGAUGGCUGUAGAAAGAAGUUUGAUACGUAAUUACUGAAAUCAGCUUUUUUUUUUUUUUUACUCUAAAAGCUUAUUAUCCAAAACAACUCACACAUCAGAAUGAAAAAAAAUGCUGGAAUUUGGUAGCAGUUGGAAACCCUGAAAAGUACCAAGUCAAUGUGUUCGCUGUUUACCUACGCAGUGGAAGAAAGAGAGAGAAGCAGAUGGCUAAGCAAAAGGGCUCAAUGAUAUUUUAUGAGCUUAUGAAUGAAGUUUCAUAAGUGACAAAUCUGCUAUCCAGAUCAUGGUUGGAGAAAAUCAGAUCUAGAAGCACUCUGGAAGUUCCUCAGUAGAUAUGGGAGAAUAUCUUGCACAUUGGCCACACCACAGUACUACAAGAUGAAAAAAUCAGAUGCUUUUUUGUGGAUACCUCAUAUAACAAAUAUUUAUUUAACAUUUAUUUAUUUAA